CCUCUUCGGCAUCUGCUUCAGUCUUGACUCGAAUCCAAGCGUGUGAGCAGCAGUAAUUUUCUCGUCUCAGCUUAUUUUCCAAUUAACUCACCAUGAAGUACAAUCAUCUCGUUGUAUUGCUGCUCUCGGCUACCGCUGUUGCGUCCGCAUGGCCGACCGUGUCGCAGACUCAAUACGAGUUCGAACCUUUGCGCGAGAGUCAAGAGACCAGUGAGGGGGGCAGAGGGUGGCAGACAUGGAACGCGCUGGUGAACUGGCUGCGCCCCGCCACCAACUACAUCACCCAGCGACUGCCUAACAAAACACCGUCCGAGUUCGCCAGCGAUGUCAGGGACACGGCGGUUGACCUGCGCGAUCGCGCCGCUGCACACCCCGUGGUCCAGGGCGUUGGUCGGGUGGUGCGCCCAGUACACGAGUGGGUCUCGAAUACGGCGAGCGAGCUGAGCAAGACGAGUUUCCGUGACAUGUACGACGGCGCGAUGAACACCGUGCGGCGUGCGGACGAGACCGUCGCUGACUGGCUCAACAGACGCGGCUCGCAGCAGCAGCUCAGCCAGUACAACUACGACGUCGCUGAUGGUGUCGAGCAAGUGCUCCACUAGAUGCUGCACUAAAUGCUGCUCUACUUGAUGCAACCAAGCAAGGCUGUAUUGUAGCAGACGUCAGUGUAUUCUCUGGGCCGUGAAUGGAUCAUCGAAGGAGAUUUUCGUUAGCAGAUUAUCCAUAGAUGAGACUUGAGCAAUUUUAAAAUCUUUCCAACGAGAAACUACGAAAUAUUUAGAAUAAGAUGCUAGGAUACCGAGUUUUAAAAGAUACUAUAUGAGAGAUGUUAAUCAUCCAUUGUUAUUUAGGUUCCCCGUUGAAUUGAUUCUACAAAUAUCAGGAAAGUUCCAUAUGUUGCUGCUCGAACGAAAUUGUGAGAAAAUCUUCCUUACUCACAGUUACGCAUCGUCCUUUUGGUUGUCAGUGCAUUCAAAUCAUUCAUACAGCAUUACGGUUGGCUAAUUUUAAUCCAUAAAACUCAUGGUCAAGUCAAUUGAUAAUAAUUUGGAAAUGAGCUGCAUCAAACACUUUCAUGAAUUGUGUUUAUGAUCGAAUUCCGUAAUGUACGUGUAGUCUGACCGCUCCUAACUCAUGAAAUGAAAUCGCUCCCGUAUGCGCAUGAUCGAGCUGCUGUGUAUCACAACUGUUCUUCAUUACCUAGAGAGAAAAGUACAUUUUUUAGUUCGUUUCAAUAUAAGGUAUCUUUUUUUCAUAAAAUGUUACAUCGGUCAGCAAUGUGCCAAAGAAGUUGACUUCGGUGCGAUGCAAACGAAACUUCGCCGACUUAAUCUCUAGAAAAUCGCGGUUUCAAAAAUUUCCAUUGUUAGGAUAAGUUAUUUUGUAACAUUGUCUUGAUACUCCAUAUUAUUUCUGGCAAGGUACUCCUGUGCUAUGUUUACAUCGUACACAUACUUGCAGUCUAGCUUUAGUUUGGGAUCUCCUCGUGGCAUGACUUCUGUUAUUCAUCACAAAUCCGUAUUGUGAAGCUCUACUAUUUAUUGGAAUCUGCUCGUGGCAUGACGUCCGUUAUUCAUAAUCACAAAUCCAGCUCGUGAAGUUUCAGUGUUCAUCAUUCGAGUCAACGCUCUCUUGUAUACCCGCAAGAUACUGUUUUAUAAUACAUAUAUUUAUCUUGA